UUUUUGGGAUUAAAAAACUUGAUCAUCUUUUCUAGCUUUUAAUUAUUCCAAAAGUGAAGUUUUAGAUGGCGAGUGGUGGUUGCAGCACUAGCAAGAAGCCAGUGAAGAUUGUGAUUAUCACUACACGAUAUGUGGAAACUGAUGUCAAUAAUUUUAAGUCUGUUGUGCAGAAGCUAACUGGUAAGCAUUCUUCUGAUGAUCGUGUUGAUGACGAAGCUACAGAAGGAAAAAAAGUUAAGAGAGAAAGACAUAAUUUAAGUGGUUUUGAUGUAGCUGCUUCUGAAAGUGGUAAUGAUGGAAGAAACUCUUUUUUUAUAAGUGAUUCUUUGUUGAAUGAGUGUGACUUGUUGCUUAGAGAGAUGCAGCCAAACAACCACUUUUUCUUUGACUCAUUAAUUUAAUUUAUUAAUAUGUAUCUGUGAAUAUUCACUUUACAUUCUUGGUGGUUUGUUAUUUUAGGCUAAAUAACAUUCGGUUGUUCAACUCAACUUAACUGUUUUAAACCAGUUUUUUUAUUAAGUUCUGCCUCGAGUUCUUUUUUUUUAUAAACAAAUAUGAUUUAAAAUAGAGUACAAGGUAUUCUUGCCGAUAUUCCAAACACUAUUUAAAAAAGUCCUAUAGACUUUUACA